CUAUAUUUAAGACCGUGCAAGCUCCAGGAUCACAUUCUUCUCUCAGUCCCUGUGCAGCCGAGAGCAAGAAGAGACCAAGGACCCUCUCACCAUCUGGAAUCUUCUCCCCAGAGACUCGUUGUUGCUCUCAUAGCCAUGACUCUGCCCCACAGCCCUGGAAAUGUUGGGGAGUCUCGGACCCCCCAGGCCAUGGAGGUCCAUAGGCUGGAGCACCGGCAGGAGGAGGAGCAGAAGGAGGCGCGGCAGCACAGCCUGCGCAUGGGGUCCUCGGUGCGGAGGCGGACCUUCCGCAGCAGUGAGGAGGAGUAUGAGUUCAGUGCCGCAGACUACGCCCUCGCAGCAGCCCUGGCCCUGACGGCCUCCGCAGAGAUGUCCUGGGAAGCCCAGCUGAGGCGCCAGGCCUCCACUGUGGAGCUGGAGGAGCGUGGGCAGAAGCGGGUGGGCUUCGACAACCACUGGGAGAGGACGGAGAUCGCCUUCCUGCGGACCCACCGGCUGCUGCGCCAGAGACGCGACUGGAAGGCGCUGCGGCGACGGGCAGAGGAGAAGGUCCGUGAGGGCAAGGAGCUGAGAGAGCUGUGCUCCAGCCGGGGACCCUGGUUCUGGAUCCCUCUUCGCUCCCACGCCGUCUGGGAGCACACCAGGGUCCUGCUGACCUGCACCAUCCAGGCCUCGCCUCCACCCCAGGUGACCUGGUACAAAAAUGAUGUGCGAAUUGAUCCCCGCUUCAGUCCUGCUGGAAAGUACCGAAUCACCAACAACUAUGGCCUGCUGACCCUGGAGAUUAGGAGAUGCACCGUCGAGGAUUCAGCCACCUACACCGUGAAGGUGAAGAAUGCCUAUGGCCAGGCCUCCUCCUAUGCCAAAGUCAUUGUCCGCACUUACCUGGGGAAAGAGGCUGGCUUUGAUUCCGAGAUCUUUAAAAGAUCGAUGUUUGGCCCCAGAGUGGAAUUCACAUCAGUGCUGAAGCCAGUCUUUGCCCGGGAGAAGGAGCCCUUCUCUCUGUCCUGCUUCUUUUCGGAAGAUGUUUUAGACUCCGACCAGAACAUCCAGUGGUUCCGAGAUGGGAGGCAACUGAGGUCCUCGGCACGCCGCCAGACCCUCUACGCAGACCGUCAGGCAACCCUGAAGGUGUCCUUUGCCUACAAAGAGGAUGAGGGGUUCUACAUGAUCCGGGUGUCCUCGCCCCUUGGGCCCCAGCAGCAGAGCACCUAUGUGUUUGUGAGAGACGCUGCAGCGGAGAAGCCCGGGGCCCCAGGCUCCCCACUGAACGUCCGAUGCCUAGAUGUGAACAGAGAUUGCCUCAUCCUGACCUGGGUCCCACCCAGUGACACCCGGGGCAACCCCAUCACCGCAUAUUCCAUCGAACUGUGCCAGGGUGACUCUGGGGAAUGGGUGCCCUGCCAUGAAGCCCCUGGGGGGACCUGUCGGUGCCCAAUCCAAGGCCUCAUCGAAGGCCAAAGCUAUCGGUUCCGGGUGAGAGCUGUCAGCAGGGCAGGCAGCAGCAUCCCCUCCAAGGCCUCAGAAGCUGUUGUCAUGGGUGAUCGUGAUGCAGCCCGGAGGCAGACAGAGAUCCCCUUUGAUCUGGGAAGCAAGAUCACAGUCAGCACAGAUGACUUUGAAGAUGCUGUGACCAUCCCCUCGCCCCCGACCAAUGUCCAUGCCAGUGAGAUCCGAGAGGCCUACGUGGUUCUGAGCUGGGAGGAGCCAAGGCCCAGGGGCAAAGCUCCACUGACAUACGCUCUGGAGAAGUCAGUCAUAGGUAGUGGCACCUGGGAGGCCAUCAGCUCAGAAACCCCUGUGAAAUCCCCGAGAUUUGCCCUUCUGGACCUGGAGAAGGGGAAGUCAUAUGUCUUCAGAGUGCGAGCGAUGAACCAGUAUGGCACGAGCGAUCCCUCAGAGCCCAGCGAGCCCAUCACCUUGAGGGGCAAGCCAGCUACUCUCCCUCCUCCAACACAAGUUCAAGCUUUCCGAGACACACAGACCUCUGUCUGCCUGACCUGGGAUCCUGUGGAAGGUGGCCCAGAGCUCCUGGGUUAUUACAUCUACUCCCGGGAGGUGGGAUCAUCUGAGUGGCAAACAGUUAACAACAAGCCCAUCCAGGACAACAGGUUUACGGUUCCCGGGCUGAGGACAGGGAAGGAUUACGAGUUUUGCUUCAGGUCAGUCAGCGAGGCCGGGGUAGGUGAGAGCUCAGCCGCCACAGAACCCAUCAGGGUCAAGCAGGCUCUGGCUACCCCAUCUGCCCCGUAUGGUUUUGUCCUCCUCAACUGCGGGAAAAAUGAAAUGGUCAUUGGAUGGAAACCCCCCAAGCGUCGUGGAGGUGGCAAGAUCCUGGGCUACUUCCUGGAUCAGCAUGACUCAGAGGAGCUGGACUGGCACCCGGUCAACCAGCAGCCCAUCCCAGCCCGGGUCUACAAGGUCAGCGACCUUCAUGAAGGCCACUUCUAUGAGUUCCGUGCCCGGGCAGCCAACUGGGCAGGUGUUGGCGAGCUGUCGGAGCCCAGCAGCCUGUUUGAGUGCAAAGAGUGGACGAUGCCCCAGCCAGGCCCCCCGUACGACGUGCGGGUGUCUGAGGUGCGGGCCACCUCCCUGAUGCUGCAGUGGGAGCCCCCGCUGUACACCGGGGCCGGGCCGGUCACGGGCUACCGCAUCAGUUUCCAGGAGGAAGGCUCUGACCAGUGGAAGCCAGUCACUGCAGACCCCAUCUCUGGCACCCACCUGAGGGUGUCCAACUUGCAGCCCGGAAAGAGUUAUGUGUUCCAGGUACAGGCCAUGAAUUCAGCUGGUCUGGGACAGCCGUCCAUGCCUACUGACCCAGUGCUCCUGGAGGACAAGCCAGAUGCCCGGGAAAUCGAGGUUGGUGUGGAUGAAGAGGGCUUUAUCUACUUGGCUUUUGAGGCCCCUGAGGCCCCCGACUCCUCAGAGUUUCAGUGGUCCAAAGACUACAAGGGUCCGCCAGACCCCCAGAGGGUCCAGAUCGAGGAUGGACUUAACAAGUCCAAGGUCAUCCUGAAAGAUCCCGGCCUUGAGGAUCUGGGCACCUACUCAGUGGUAGUCACCGAUGCUGAUGAGGACAUCUCAGCAAGCCACACGCUGACCGAGGAAGAGCUGGACAAGCUGAAGAAAUUGAGCCACGAGAUCAGAAACCCAGUGAUCAAACUCAUCUCCGGCUGGAACAUUGACAUCCUCGAGCAAGGGCAGGUGCGGCUUUGGCUGGAAGUAGAAAAGUUAUCUCCAGCCGCUGAGCUGCAUCUAAUCUUCAACGAGAAGGAGAUCUUCAGCUCACCGAACCGCAAAAUCAAUUUUGACCGAGAGAAGGGCCUGGUGGAAGUAAUCAUCCAGAACUUGUCGGAGGAUGACAAAGGGACGUAUACUGCUCAGCUCCAAGACGGAAAAGCCAAAAACCAGAUCACCCUGGCCCUGGUGGAUGACGAUUUUGACAAACUUCUGAGGAAGGCAGAUGCUAAGAGACGAGACUGGAAGAGAAAACAGGGUCCCUAUUUCGAGGAGCCUUUGCAGUGGAAGAUCACGGAGGACUGCCAAGUGCUGCUGACCUGCAAGGUGACUAACACCAAGAAAGAGACUCGCUUCCAGUGGUUCUUCCAGAAAAAAGAGACGCCAGCUGGUCAGUAUGACCCGCAGACUGGAGCAGGACUCCUCCUCAUUGAAGAGUUUUCCAAAGAGGACAAGGGAAUUUACAGAGCGACGGUUUCUGACGAUCGCGGGGAGGAUGACACCAUACUGGACCUCACAGGGGAAGCCCUGGACGCGGUCUUCGCUGAGCUGGGCAGGAUUGGUGCCCUCUCUGCAACCCCACUGAAAAUCCAGGGGACCGAGGAGGGGAUCCGGAUCUUCAGCAAAGUCAAGUACUACAAUGUGGAAUAUAUGAAAACCACCUGGUUCCACAAAGACAAACGCCUGGAGAGUGGUGAUCGGGUGAGGGCGGGCACCACCCUGGAUGAGAUCUGGCUCCACAUCCUGGACCCCAAAGACUCAGACAAGGGCAAAUACACCCUGGAAAUAGCUGCUGGGAAGGAAGUCCGGCAGCUCUCAACGGAUCUGUCCGGGCAGGCUUUUGACGACGCCCUGGCUGAACACCAGAGACUGAAAGCCUUGGCUAUCAUCGAGAAGAAUCGUGCCAAAGUGGUGAGAGGUCUGCCAGACGUGGCCACAAUCAUGGAGGAUAAGACCUUGUGCCUGACCUGCGUCAUCUCAGGAGACCCCACCCCUGAAAUCUUUUGGCUGAAGAACGACCAACCUGUCACCUUCAUUGACCGCUACCACAUGGAGGUGAGGGGGACAGAGGUCACCAUCACCAUCGAGAAGGUCAACAGUGAGGACACCGGGCGCUACGGUGUCUUUGUCAAGAACAAGUAUGGCUCCGAGACGGGCCAGGUCACCAUCAGUGUGUUCAAGCAUGGGGACGAGCCCAAGGAGCUGAAGACAAUGUGACAAGCAUGCUCAAGUGCAGCCUGAGGUCCAGUCUACAUGAACCAGUAGGGUUAAACAGUGGGUCACAGCCUGGCACAGGCCAUGAGGGUGGGACAGAGGGGAAGGGGACAGGGUGGAACCCAAGACAUGAGGGUAAGCAUGGAGUGGACAUACCAAAGUGGUGAAGCAAAGAUCUUGCUGGGGUCCUGAGACCUCCAGGAUGGCGGGAUGAACGCUGGACUUGGAAAAGGAGGCCUAAAUGCAAGACUCAGUUUCAGCUCUAAACUCUCCAUGGGCCUUGCCUUGCUCAUCUAUCAAUGUGCAUUCCCACUCCUAGGGAUUGUUCGUGCAAACUCCUUAUGAACCCUGGCCCAGUGGUUCUCAACAGGAGGCAAUGUUGCUUUCCAGGGGAUAUUUGGCAAUGUCUAUAUUUUUGGUUGUCACUGCUGAGGCUGUCUACUGACGUCUAGUAGGCAGAGACCAGGGAUGCUGCUAAACACCACACCUCCCUACCGCAUAGAAUUAGCCAACCCCAGAUAUUACCAAUAGGGCCAGGUUGAUGAGCCCUGUCAUAAACCGAUAUGUCAUAAUACCCCCUUUUUAGAAUACUAUAGUUUCAAUUCACAUACAUUCAACAUUCAUUCAUUUGAAGUCUAGCAUGUGUCAGGCUGAGGAUGCCACUAGGAAUACAAAGAUAGGUGAUAUGCAGGCCCCGCCCACAAGGAGGUGUCAGCCCCAAGGAGACGACCCAGGUGCAAAUGACUCCAGGACAAGACAGGAGAUGAUAAAGUUUAUACAACAGGUCCAAGCAAAGUGCCACCAGUGGUCAGAGGAAGAAGACAGAUGGUCGUCCCAACUGGGGGAGGUAGGGCUUUAAAAUGCCUUCACACAUUUGGCAGAAUUGGUGUUGGGCUCUGACAAAUGAGUCUGAUUUGGUGGUGGUAAUGGGAGAAGGACAUUUUAGGAGCAGGGCAUGGUAGGAGCAACGGUGAGGACACGGGGUGAGGCUGCCUAUGUGGCCUUGGAUGCCAGGCUUGGAGCUGGAUACCUUCAGUGCUUCUCCCAGCAUGGGGACUCUGCCCGGUGUGACAGAUAUUGGUUGUCUUUGCUUGAUGGAUCUCAAGACAGAGCUGAGCAUGUCACUGCCCUCCAAUUGCCUUCUUUUUUAAACUAAGAUUUGGGGUCCCCCCUCCUGGGGAAGUCAUAUAAUUGUAGAUGUUUGUUGUAAACUUUUGGAAAGCCCUGGAAAUUAUAAAGGAAUAAAUAUCACCUAUACUCCCAA